UCCCUUAUCCUUCUCCAGGCCUCUCGCCAUUUCUCUCACUCAAUCCCGCAAAACCCACACGAAUCCACCAGCCCCUUCCUUCAACUUCCUUCCUACCCCUUCUAGGGUUUCGCCCAUCAACCACUACCCCCCGGGUCCUUGCGAUGGCGACCACGGCCUUCCCCACCUCGACCCCCUUCUUCGUCCACCACGGCACCCGGCGCCCCUCCGUCAACCCCCCAACGGCGGCGGCGGUGUACGGCCGUGGUGGGCGGCGGUGGCGGCCACUGCGGGUUGCCUGCGAGAAGGUGGUGGGGAUCGACCUCGGGACCACCAACUCCGCGGUCGCGGCCAUGGAGGGCGGCAAGCCCACGAUCGUCACCAACGCCGAGGGCGCGCGGACCACGCCGUCGGUCGUGGCCUACACCAAGGCCGGAGACCGGUUGGUGGGGCAGAUCGCCAAGAGGCAGGCGGUGGUCAACCCGGAGAACACCUUCUUCUCAGUCAAGAGGUUCAUCGGCCGAAAGAUGAACGAGGUCGCCGAGGAGUCCAAGCAGGUUUCCUACCGCCUUGUCCGGGACGAUAACGGCAAUGUCAAGCUCGAUUGCCCGGCAAUCGGCAAGCAGUUCGCUGCCGAGGAGAUCUCUGCACAGGUCCUGAGAAAGUUGGUUGAUGAUGCGUCAAAGUUUUUAAAUGACAAAGUCACCAAGGCAGUGAUCACAGUUCCUGCUUAUUUCAAUGACUCCCAGAGGACGGCUACAAAAGAUGCUGGGCGCAUUGCAGGGUUGGAUGUUCUUCGUAUCAUAAACGAGCCUACCGCGGCAUCGUUGGCAUAUGGUUUCGAAAAAAAGAACAAUGAAACAAUUCUGGUUUUUGAUCUGGGAGGAGGCACCUUUGAUGUCUCAGUUCUUGAGGUUGGCGAUGGUGUUUUUGAGGUGCUAUCUACAUCUGGUGAUACUCACCUUGGUGGUGAUGACUUUGACAAGAGAAUUGUUGAUUGGCUGGCCGGGAGCUUCAAGAACGAUGAGGGUAUUGACCUGCUAAAAGACAAGCAAGCUCUUCAGCGUCUUACAGAAGCAGCUGAGAAGGCGAAGAUGGAAUUGUCAUCGUUGACCCAAACAAACAUCAGUUUACCUUUCAUUACAGCUACUGCGGACGGGCCGAAGCAUAUUGAGACAACCCUUACUAGGGGUAAAUUUGAGGAGCUAUGCUCAGAUCUUCUUGACAGGCUGAGGACACCUGUUGACAAUUCUCUUAGAGAUGCGAAGUUGUCACUUAAAGAAAUAGAUGAGGUGAUUCUUGUGGGUGGUUCCACAAGAAUUCCAGCUGUUCAGGAUCUUGUAAAGAAAAUGACAGGAAAGGCUCCCAAUGUGACAGUCAACCCCGAUGAGGUUGUUGCUCUUGGAGCAGCGGUGCAGGCAGGAGUAUUGUCGGGUGAUGUGAGCGAUAUUGUGCUUCUUGAUGUUACGCCACUGUCUCUGGGUUUGGAGACACUGGGUGGGGUGAUGACCAAGAUUAUUCCAAGGAACACAACCCUCCCUACCUCCAAGUCAGAGGUCUUCUCAACGGCUGCUGAUGGACAGACGAGUGUGGAGAUUAAUGUUCUCCAAGGAGAAAGGGAGUUUGUCAGGGACAACAAAUCCCUUGGUAGCUUCCGUCUUGAUGGAAUUCCUCCUGCUCCGCGUGGUGUUCCCCAAAUUGAAGUCAAGUUCGAUAUUGAUGCCAAUGGCAUUCUGUCUGUUGCUGCGGUGGAUAAGGGCACUGGAAAGAAGCAGGACAUUACAAUCACUGGAGCAAGCACACUGCCAAAGGAUGAGGUAGAGAAGAUGGUGGAAGAAGCUGAAAAAUUUGCGGCGGAGGACAAGGAGAAGAGGGACGCAAUUGACACCAAGAACCAGGCAGAGUCUGUGAUCUACCAGACUGAGAAACAACUGAAGGAGCUUGGAGACAAGGUCCCCGGCGAUGUCAAGGAGAAGGUGGAGGGGAAGCUCAAGGAACUCCAGGACGCUGUUGCUGGUGGAUCGACAGAGACGAUAAAGGAUGCACUAGCUGCGUUGAACCAAGAAGUGAUGCAGCUUGGUCAGUCCCUCUACCAGCAGCAGGGAUCUGGCCCUACCCCUGGAGCUGGAGCUGACGGCACUGCUGACUCCGCUGGCCCAUCUGAGAAGACAGGCGAUGGUGGUGACGUUAUAGACGCUGAUUUUACUGAUAGCAAUUGAAUAGAACUGUAGGUUAGGACAUGGUGCAACAAGUGAGUAUGAUUUUGUUCAACAGGAUUGCCUAGUAUACGAAUUGGGACCUUGUCUCCUGUCAGGGUAUCGGAGUUCGUGAUGUUGGAGGUUUGGAGAGUUCACUUGGUAUGUGUUUGGUAGCCUGCAUUGUUUUUCAGCUAUUUGCAUGCUUGUUCUAGUUGGUCCGAUUUGAACAAAUGCAACAGAAAAAUAUAUAUCAUGAAAUCACUAAUUAAUGAGUGUUUGUUUCA